GCAUUGCCAAACAGAACCUAAAUAAAUAAAUAAAACGACAGCAAUUGAAGUCGUUUCCCGAGUGGCAGUCCAGUCUCGUCUUCCUCCUCAGAAAUACACAGUAUCGCCGGCGAAGGGGUUUGCUUAGUUUAGAAGUUCCGAUCUACCAACCGUGUAAAUGUCAACGAAAACUGAAACUCCGGUGAAGAAGAAGAAUCAGAAGAAGAUACAAUGUUUCUGGAGUUGGGUAAUCGGUUCCGUUAUUCUUCGACUAAUUAUCAUCUACUUUCCCAAAAACCUCAACCUCUCUUCUCGCCCCGAAGUCUCCACCCCUCUCACUAGCAUUCGUCGCCUUGCUGAGGGUUACUGGUUGAAGCAAUCAUCAAUGUCACCAUAUGCUGGUUCAAUGUACCAUGGUUCCCCUUUGUUGUUAACACUUCUCGGUCCACUCACAGUUAAAAGAAUUGAAGGACAGCCUGAUCAUCUUUUAUGCAGUUUGGUUUUUGUGAUAGCAGAUGUUGUCACUGCAAUGCUCAUCUGUGCUGCUGGUAAAAAACUUCAGGCGGCAUACAGUUCAAGUUUACAAUCCAUUGGCCUUCAUCACUUAUCAGAGGAUUCAGAUAUCCUUCCUUCAGGGGACUUUGCUGCUCUUCUAUACUUGUGGAAUCCUUUUACAAUUGUUGCAUGUGUUGGUCUGUCCACUUCUGCAAUCGAGAACUUGAUGGUUGUCGUGACCCUUUAUGGAGCAUGCGCGCGACUAGCUCCGUUGGCUGCUUUUGGAUGGGUCAUGGCUACUCAUUUGUCCCUGUACCCAGCAAUCCUUAUUAUCCCGGUAAUAUUGUUAUUUGGUUAUGGUCCUGACGCUCCUCCUAGGAAAUUAUUCCGGCAAAGGACAAAUCUUGAAGUUGACGAUUCCGCCUCAGGCGAUAGGAGUUGUUUAGAAGAUGAAUUGGUAAACGAGAAAAGGAUGCUGAAUGUAUUCUCAUGGAGGCCAGUUGUGCUUUUUUUAUUCUGGGCUUUGCUGUGGUCAUCCUAUGUUUUAGUCCUUUGUGGCAUCUAUGUCCAACAGCACAGUGGUCUACAGGAGAUGUUCAAAAGUACCUAUGGCUUCAUUCUUACGAUACAAGAUCUGUCUCCGAACAUUGGAGUUUUUUGGUACUUCUUCGCAGAAGUUUUUGACUUCUUCAGAAGUUUCUUCCUUAUAGUAUUCCAUGGGAAUAUUCUAUUGAUGAUAUUGCCAUUAGCCUUACGUCUUAAUCACCGGCCAUGCUUUCUAGCUUUUGUAUACAUUGUGCUUUCCUCCAUGUUGAAGUCUUAUCCUUCUGUUGGUGAUUCUGCUCUGUACCUGGGUUUACUGGGGUUAUUUGCUUAUGAACUCAAAGAUAUGCAGUUUUCAUUCUUCCUGUUUUCUGGUUAUGUUGGAGUUUCACUUCUUAGCCCUGUGAUGCACAACCUAUGGAUAUGGAGGGGUACUGGGAAUGCAAACUUUUACUUUGCUACUGCAAUUGGUUAUGCUUGCUUGCAGAUCAUUCUGGUGGUAGAAAGUGUUAGCGCCAUGCUUAAUCAUGAUAGAAUGAUUACGAAGCUAACUACUGCAAAGCUUCAAAAUGUCAAAUCUUGAGAGCAUUUUUUGGAGUAUGAUUUCAAUGCAUCCAAAGUUUCUUUGGUGUCCCGGAGUUCACUUGAUCUUGAUUUUGGUCCAAAACACGAAAAAUAUAUUGAUUCCACGAUAGGAAUACUGGGCUGUCCUUAAACUCCUUUUAUCAAUGAUGUGUAUUUCCUUGGAUGCAAAUGUUUAGUAUUUGAACGCAAGGCUUCGCAGGCAGAAUGCUGAUUGCUAGUAAAAAAAGUAUAACUUGUUAUAAGGAUAAACAAUAGUGAUUAAUUUCUUAGUUAGUUAGACUUUAGAACUCUUUGAUGUGCCAUUUAAGAAGUUUCGGUGGCUUUGUUCUUCAAAUCCUAGUACAGCAAGUGUUUAUUUAUUUUUAUUUUUUUGUAUUGCUACCAGGUUGUUUUAGGUGGACUCUUUGAAUUUGUAAACUCUUCUUUGGUUAUAGCUUAUGGCUUUUAUUAGAUGAAUGAAUAUUCUAA